AUGGCUUCCUUCCUCCCGGCAGAAGCUCUUCAGCAGGCUCUGGAAAUUGACCCCCUCAAUCUCUCCCUAUCGGUUGCAGCUCUUGGAGUUUUGUCUCAUGUCUCGAUUUUUCGCACGUUACCUGUGGAGGAGUACCUGUACAGUCUUCUGGGCUUAUACGCUGCAACAGUUGCCCUAAUAACAGUCGCAUAUCUCUCUCUCACCGUAUUUUCCAUUUCACAGACUCUUUUUCGAGUGGGAUGUGUUGUCUCCGCGUUCAAUAUAGGCCUAUCAUCCAGCAUCGCGAUAUACCGGCUGUUUUUCCAUCGUCUGCGCCGGUUCCCGGGUCCAUGGCUGUCGAAGCUAUCGCGGUUCUAUGAUGCGUAUCUUGCAGGGAGGAACAUCCAGUAUCAUGAGGAGAUCUCAAAGUUGCAGGAGAUGUACGGUGACUUUAUCCGAACUGGUCCAAGAGAGAUAUGCAUCGUCCGCGCAUCAGCCGUCCCGCUGCUCCUAUCACCCCAGUCCAAGUGCGGCAAGUCAACGUUCUAUGCUCAAGCACAGACUGAGUCAAAAUACUGCAAUGUCCACCAUACGCGAGACUUCGAUGACCAUCGCAGGCGACGGAAGGCUUGGGAUCGCGGAUUCACCGUGAAAGCUCUCGCAACAUACGAGCCAAACGUCGCAGCCAAGGCAGAUCUUCUAAUCUCACACAUUGAAAACAAGGCUGAGAACCACACGGUCGACGCGACAAAAUGGUCCAUGUUCCUCAGCUUUGACAUCAUGGGCAAUGUCGGGUUUGGGAAAGAAUUCAACAAUCUUUCCACGGGGGUUGAACACCCAGGCAUCAAGGCCGUCCACGGCCACAUGGCCAUCCUAGGCGUGAUGGGCCACAUCCCCUGGCUUCUGAAUAUCAUCAGUCACCUUCCCGGCGCGACGUCUGCGAUGGCGGAGUUCUUUAGAUGGUGCGAGGACGAGAUUGUGCAGAAGUACAAGAACUGGAACAUCAACGAACCACCCCGCGACAUAGUCUCCUGGCUCCUAAAAGCCUACGUCGAAAAAGACGCAUCCGCGCCCCCAACCGCAAACGCCCUGCAUGAAGACUCCCGCGCCGUACUCGUAGCCGGCAGCGAAACCACCGCCACAACCUUAACCUCGGUGCUAUACUUCCUCGCCAAGAACCCCGACGUGCAAGCUAAGCUGCAGCGCCAUCUCGACGAAGCCAUGCCAUCCGGUCCCGGGGACUGGACAUACAAGAAUGUCAAGAACAUCGCCUACCUGGACGACAUCAUCACCGAGACGCUCCGGCUGCGUCCCGCUAUUCUGACGGGCGGAUACCGCGUUACGCCACCAGAAGGAAUGAGGGUCGACGAGGUGUACAUACCAGGUGACGUGAAUGUGUUCGUGCCGACGCAGCUGGUUCAGACGGAUGAACGGUACUAUGUUGACGCGAAGAGCUUUGUCCCUGAGCGGUGGUGUGAGAGGAAGGAGAUGGUGAGGGAGGGGGCGCCGUAUUUUCCAUUCUUGUAUGGGCCUUAUGUCUGUCCUGGGAAGAACUUGGCUUUGAUGAGCCUGCGCAUCUCGGUGUCGAAGUUGGCGCAGCGGUUUCAUGUGCGGUUUGCGGAGGGUGAGAAUGGGGGGGAUUUUGAGAGGAGGACGCUAGAUACGUUCACUACGACGCUGCCGCCGUUGCGGAUUCAGUUUGUGCGGCGUGGGUAG